AUGACUCCAGAACCAGCGGAUGAAACCGACUCCACGCAAACUCGCAAGCGCAAUGCCCGCAAACGCGCCCAGAUGUGGAUGACCAAGGGGGGUUUGGUCCGGGAUGACUCCGAUGAUGAAUUGGGCAAGGAAGAUCAUCCGUGGGAGUGGAUCUACGACUCGAACUCUGACGAAAUCAAAGAUGGAGGUGAGAGCGCACAACCGGCGGAGGAAGUCUCGAGGUCAGGCCGGAGACGCCAGGCCCGGACCAAGAGUACCAAACGCCGACAACAGAUCAUCGGGGCCAGAAUGGGCACAUUUGAAUGCAGACUCGGACAAGUGAUUCUGCUCAAGUCGCCUGAAGCAGGAAAGGACUGGGUUGGGAUUAUCACUGAAUUCCUCGAGGAGGACGAUGACGAGGCAGAAGGCGAAGUGGUCAAGUCCGCCAACAUCAUGUGGUUUGCUUCUCCAGACGAGUUCAUGUCGACAAGGAACAAGCGACGCGCCGAUGCUUUGCCAAACGAGCAAUAUCUUACCGCAGACUUCAACGUGAACCCUCUUACCUCGAUCAAUGGCCGGGCGACCGUGAUGUCCAAAGAUGCUUUCUUUGCGAAAUAUCCAAAUGGCGCUCCUCCGAAGGGCAAGGAUGCAUUGGCUGAGUACAACAAAUGCAUCGGGAGAUAUACUCCCGAGUUCGUUUGGGAGGAAGUGUACCGCGAGGACAGAAUAUUCGAUUUGAUCAACUUGAUCAAAGAUGGCUUGAAGGCAGCCAAAAAGCGGAAACAAGUAGACAACGAUUACGUCGAUAUCAAAGAGAAAGAAGAUGACGACUUUGCACCUACCACCCCGAGGAAACGCCAGAAAGUGGCCACGAAUGCCACACCCCAGUCACGACGCCAGAAGGCGUUGACGACCCCAAGUCACAAGCGGAUCGUCGUCAAAAAACCACUCGAAUUCACACCACUCGGCACUCGUGUUCUCUCCCCGACACAUUUCGCUUCACCCUACCGUCAAGCACGAACCCUCCUUCACGUUUCCACAGUACCCACAUCACUUCCCUGUCGCAAGAAUGAAUUCGAGACCGUCUAUAAUCAUCUCAGUGCUGCGAUCAUGGAAGGCACGGGCGCCUGUAUCUAUAUCUCGGGCACACCAGGAACAGGAAAGACAGCAACUGUGCGAGAAGUGGUCGCACAGUUGAACUCCGCCGUCUUGGCGGAGGAGAUGGACGACUUCAUCUUCGUCGAAAUCAACGGCAUGAAGGUCACCGACCCACACCAGUCCUACUCAUUACUCUGGGAAGCCUUGAAGGGUGACCGAGUGUCGCCAUCCCAUGCGCUCGACCUUCUCGAACGCGAGUUCUCCCACCCCUCACCACGCCGCGUAUCAUGCGUCGUUCUCAUGGACGAACUCGACCAGCUCGUUACCAAAAACCAGUCGGUGAUGUACAACUUCUUCAACUGGCCGGCUCUCCGCCACUCUCGCCUGAUCGUGCUGGCUGUCGCAAACACCAUGGAUCUCCCCGAACGAACGCUCAGCAACAAGAUCUCCAGUCGUCUGGGUCUUACCCGCAUCACAUUCCCCGGGUACAAGCACACCGAUCUCAUGGAGAUCAUCAGCACGCGUUUAGCGAACGUCCCCGGAAACAUCGUUGACGCGGACGCCAUCCAAUUCGCAAGCCGGAAGGUCGCAGCGGUCAGCGGUGACGCGCGACGUGCGUUGGACAUCUGCCGCCGUGCGGUUGAAAUCGCCGAACAGAACAGCGAGGCUGCGCAGGACCCGGACGCGGACGAAAUCGAGUCCCUCCCGCCAACGCCAACCAAGACACCCGCCCGAAAGGAGAGGUCCCUGUGCAAAGAAACGGUCCAAGCAAAGAUGGAAUCUCCCCAGAAGAAGCUACCCCAGAAACAGUUCGCUGGCAGGGUCACUAUAGCUACAAUCAAGCAGGCCAUUCAAGAGGCAACGUCGACUCCGCUGCAACAAUGCCUCCGCACGCUGCCUCUUUCUGCAAAGCUCUUCCUCUCUGCGCUCUUGGCCCGUGUCAAACGAACCGGGAUUUCUGAGUCCACUUUUGGUGAUGUGAUCGACGAGGCGAAGCGGAUCGCCGAUGCCUCAGUUGCAGUUGCAGGUGCUGCAGGCGCGAGUAUCAAAGACUUCUUGCUCGCGGGGGGCAGUAGUGCCCGAGUCAAAGCCCUUGGAUUCGCGGCAAUGGAGCUGAUGAACUCUGGGAUUCUUGCCCUGGAACAUGGAGGGACUCGAGGAGGGUCGACUGCCAUUCCAAAUAGAGACCGCAGCGGCAAAGUGAGAUUACGGGUGGCUCCUGAAGACGUCAGAGCUGCGUUUCGGGAGGAUCUCGAAGCAAAGGGAUUAGGUCUGGGACAGGACCAGUAG